UAAAAACAAUUUGGUUAUAAAUAGCAGAUUUUGAAGAUUUGUCAAAUUUGUCUAGUUUAUUGAUCUUGAAGGAUGGAGCGUAUACGUAUGUUGCGGUUUCGGGUUUGUUUUACAUUACUGUGUAUUUGUGGUUUAACAAGUUGUGAAAUAAAAAAAUUUCCUCUUCUAAUGCCCAAUGUAUUUCCAUCAAGACCUGAAUUGUACAUAUGUACUCCAGUUCGAAUAGUGGACGACAAGAGUUUUUAUAUAGUGGGGUUUGAGCCCAAUGCCACGAUGAACGUUGCCCAUCAUAUGUUGCUAUUUGGAUGCACUACACCGGGCUCCGACGAUGAACAAUGGGACUGCGGGGAAAUGGCGGCUACAGAAACAUAUGGUCCCUUGAAGAAAUCAACUUCUUGUUUAGACGGAAAUCACGUACUAUAUGCCUGGGCGAGAGACGCCAAAACAUUAACUCUUCCACACGAUGUCGGAUUCCAAGUGGGCAAGGGAACUGAUAUACAAUACCUGGUACUACAAGUCCAUUACACAAAGAAAUUUUCAGAGGGACAGACUGAUAAUUCUGGAUUGUUUCUAAUGUACACUGAGGAACCCCAGAGCAAAUUAGCGGGAGUUUUACUGUUAGGGGUGGGAGGAAUAAUUCCACCUAAAAGCCAAACUUACAUGGAAACAGCCUGCGAACUGAAUGAAAACAAAACCAUACAUCCUUUUGCCUACAGAACCCAUACACAUUCCUUAGGUAAAGUUGUUUCUGGCUAUAGAGUGACAAGAGACAGAGAUGGAUUCGAUCAUUGGUCUUUGAUAGGCAAAAGAGACCCACUCACACCUCAGAUGUUUUAUCCAGUGUUCGAUGAUACUCCUAUCAGCCAAGGAGACCGUUUGGCUGCUCGAUGCACAAUGGACAGUUCGCAUAGAAACAGGUUUACCCAAGUUGGGCCAACAAACAACGACGAAAUGUGUAACUUCUACAUCAUGUACUACGUCAAGAGAGAUACACCUUUAAGAAGGAAAUACUGCACAACGGUGGGGCCCCCUUACUAUAAGUGGGUGCUGGACAAGGAGAACGACCUCAAUAACAUACCGGAUAUUGAAGCCUCUUCCUUGGAUUAGGAAUGAAAUCACAUUGACCAAGACUUCCCGCAGCUCCUUUAUAGAUUUAUCUAGUGUGAACUAAAUAUUUUUGUAUAACUCUUUAUUUCAACAGUGCACAUAAUAUACAUAGGUGUGACAUAAAUGUAACAACAUAAAGAACUGCAAUUUUUUUGACUAAUUCUCUUUUGAUCUAAACUUUUAAUUCGUAAUAAUAUUAAGUACAGGGGUACCUCGAAAUACAGUGGCACUUUUAAUUCGUUCCCCAUCGAAAUUAAUUGAAAUACAAUUAAUCCGUUCCAGCUAAAAAAUAACCACAUCAGUUAUUUUUGUUAAGUGUUUUUUUAAUUAGAAAAAAAAUGUAUUUACAACAAGAAACAUUUAUUUAUAAAUAACACAUACAUAUUCUGUAAAAGCAUAAAAAAGAAAAAGUGAAGUCCUUACGGAAGCACUUAAAUUUCGUAAUUGGUCUUCGCUUUUGUUGUCACGCUUUGCUCAUUUUCACCUGCAGAUCGUUUAAAAGAACUGUCCAAGGAGGUUUGUUUCGUCCUCUCUUUUAGGAUAUUGCGAAAAUGUGCUAGGCAAGUUUCGAUAAACAACUCCGAUGCAUGAUCAGUAGUUGCAGCUUUUUAGGGGUGAUUUUUAUCCACGAAUUAUACAACUUUUUUUCACAUCCACAAGAUCUCUUUUAUAUCUCUUGUAGAUAUAUUGUUCUCUAGGUGCCGUCUUUGCUUCGAAAGUUGGCAAUCAUAGCGAUUUUUACUUUUGAGACCGCGGCUCUAAAAAAUCGUUGUUACUACAUCCAAACCAUUCCCUAAGGUUCUUCUGCCAUGAGUUACGUCUCCUUCCUAUGGAUUUUUAUCCCUGAAUUUUUUCUUGCAUAAUGACCUAAAAUAUUAGAUAUUUAUCUCCUCUCAUCACAUGUCCCAUAUAUCUCAGUUUUCUUCUCUUAAUUGUUAGAAGUAUGUACUUCUCUUUCCUUAUACAUGAGUACGUUCUCAUUACCUCUACGUUGGUAAUUCUAUCUACCCAUGAGAUCGUCAGUACUCUUUGGUACAUCCACAUCUAGAAUGUCUCCAGUCUCCUCACGUCAAUUUUCUUCAGUUCUAUGCUUGUCUAUGCUCAGCAGUCCUAUUUUUAACUAAAGGUUUCAAGUCCCGACAGCAGAGAAGCCUCUUUAUUCUUGUAAAUGUGCUUCUGGCCAGUUCAAUUCUGAUUCGUAUUUCUUGAGAGCUGUCAUUGUUUGUAGAUAUAUCCUCCUUCAUCUCUAGCUCCUCUUCAAACCUAAUUUUUCGUUGAACCACCGUAUCCUUCUGCGGAUGAUAAUUUUGUAACUCGUCGGUUGUCAGCUUCUGAGACUGUUUCUCGAUAAGGUCGUUCACAUCUCUCUCAUCCACCUCCAGACUCAUGGAUUGUUCCGGAGAAACAAGCUCCUCUACAACUAACACUACGGGUUCCAAUCCUUGGAAUGACCUUUCAGCUACAGCCUCAGGUCCUAGCUUAUUCCAUGCAGAUAUUAAGGUACUUUUAACACCUAACCAGGUCUGAUCAAUAAUUAUUAGGCAUAUCACGAUGUUAAAGCGAUCCUUCCAUAACUCUCGAAGGGUAAGGUUUGUGUUCUCCAUCGUCUCAAAGUAGCGCCAAAAAUGUGCUUGGUGCACAGCUUCUUAAAAUUAAUAAUCACCUGCUGAUCCAUCAGCUGUAGUAUAGGAGUGGUAUUGGGCGAUAAGUACAGAAUUUUUUAUAAAGUUGAACUCUACGAAUAAACUUCUUGGAGAUUUGGUGGAUGAACAGGGGCAUUGUCGAGGACGAGACGGACUUUCUUGGGUAGGUUGUUUUCCUGUAGAUAUUUUUUAGUAGAAGGGCCAAACACCAUGUUUAUCCACAAUUAAACAAUUUUCUGGUGACCCAUGGCUUCAUAUUUUCCCUCCACAUAACUGGCAGUUUUUCUUUUAAAAAACUUAUGUGACUUAAAGGCUCAGGGUUUUUCCGAAUAGAUAGAUAGAUAGAUAUGUCUAGAAUGGUAUACUAGCAGAGGCUUGAUUUUGCAGUCGCCACUCACAUGUAUUCUUUAACUUUUAUCAGUUCGGAAAACGUUUUUAUGUAAACCUCACCUGCCUUUAGAUCCGAACUUGCUGCCUCACCAUGCCUGACGGCCGAGUUAGUGCCGGUACUUUUCCUAAAGUUGUCAAACAAGCCCCGACUGGCUUUUAAACAAGUUUUCCGAUUCCUAGUGUGUGGAAGUCUUUGGGAUCUGCUUCAGCAAUACACCGUAAAUUGCCCGUGCCUUCUUAAAUAAUAAUAUGAUGCUUGGUGUUAAGAUUCCUCCUUGAAGCUGCGUCUCUGUCACCCAGACCAUCAGGUAGGUUCUCUAUCUUUUCAUGGAGAGAGGUCCGGAGCUUAGAAAUUAUUGUAACGCCCUUAGCUGGCGUUAUGCCCUUUAUCAACUUCUUCUGUUUAAGCACAAUACAUAUCAUUGAUGUGCUACGCACGUACAUCCUCGCCAAGUCAAUUACUCGUACAUCUUGCUCAUGUUUUUUAUGAUUUCAAGCUUUAAGUCAAUAGACAUUAUCUUCUUCGGACCCAUGGUUAUAAAAAUAAAUGUGAUAAUGCUUUGAAAACAUUGCAUGGAUAAGUAUUGCACUAUAUUUAAGAUAAGCAUUUAGCUAUACAUAUUUAGAGCGGCAGUCAACACGGUCCGGUAUGAAGAUUUCCAACCUUCGAUAAAAGUUGGAACUUAAAAAGAAGAAGCAUUUACCAAAUGCGGUACCCGUCUCACCCAAACUUUUUUAAUGAUUUUUUUAUGUACAAAGGACAGUACCCCUUCUUCUGAGGUAUCUACAGCCUUAGCCAGGAUGUAUUCAAUUUGCAACAAGUGUGCCAAUCUACCCAAAAAUUUUGCCGUUGAAUCGUAUAAAGAGGUUGCAUUUCUUUACACGUAUACAGGGUGUUAGUAAAUAAGUAUGAAAAAAUUUAAUGGCUAAUUCUACAUGAAAAAAUAAUGCCGAUUUGCUCUAUAAACGUAUGUCCGUAAAUGCUUCGUUUACGAGAUACGGGGUGUUGAAAUUUUUAUUUCAAACUGCCAAUUUAUUUAUUGCUCUAAGACCAGUUGAGCUAUGAAAAUAAAAUUUAGUGAGUUUUAGUAGGUAGUUAUUGCGCAUUUUUUGACAUACAAUUAAGAAUUUUGUAUUCAUCAUUGGCGCGUAUACGGAUAAUAUUCUGAAUUUUUUAAAGAAAAAAUAGUACGCCACUAAGAUAUUUCAAAUUAAAAAUUAUUUUUAAUUCCACGCUUAAUUUUUGAUAAAAAACCUUUCUUGCCUUUUUUCAUAUGAUGCACCGUUUUUAUGCCAAAAAAUAAAACAUAUUGGCGCAUAUUUUUCAUUUCUUAAUACAUCAUCAAGAACUAUUCAAUAUAAUAAUACUAAACUAGAACAGUAACAGAAAAUAUUCGAAUAAGAUUUCAACUAGGUGCAAAGCUGCAAGAAAUGUUUAAAAGGAUCUCCUUUACAGAUAACAGAAGAAUUUUAUAUUCAUCAUUGGCGCGCGUACGGGUAAUGGUCUGAAUUUUUUGAAGAAAAAAAUAGUACUCCACUGAGAUAUGUUAAACUAAAAAUCAUUUUUGAAUUCCUCGUUCAAUUUACGACAAGAAAUCUUUCUUGCCUUUUUUCAUACGAGGCGCCGUUUUUAUAUAAAAAAAAAUAAAACAUCUUAACGCUUACAAAGUAUUGAGGUAGUUUCCAUAUGCAUAGAAACUUAGUUCAAAUACUUUGUAAACGUUAAGAUGUUUUGUUUUUUUGCAUAAAAACGACGCCGCAUAUAAAAAAAGGCAAUGAAAGAUUUUUUGACGUAAAUUGAACCAGCAAUUCAAACCAAGACUAUUACCCUAUUAGACUAUGAACCAGACUAUUACCCGUACGCUCGCCAAUGAUGAAUAUAAAAUUCUUCUAUAACCUCUAAAGGAGGUCAUUUUUAACAUUUGGUGUAGCUCUGCACCUAGUUAAAAUCUUAUUAGUAAUAUUUUCUGUUAUUGUUCCAGUUUAGUAUCAUUAUAUUGGAUAUUUCUUGAUAAUGUAUUAAAAAAAUGAAAAAUACGCGUCAAGAUGUUUUAUUUUUCUGCAUGAAAACGGUGCACCAUAUAAAAAAAGGUGAGAAAGGUUUUUUAUCAUAAAUUAGACGUGGAAUUUCAAAAUAAUUUUUAAUUCGAAAUAUCUUAGUGGCAUACUAUUUUUUUCUUUAAAAAAUUCAGACCCUUACCCGUAGGCGCGCCAAUGAUGAAUACAAAAUUCUUAAUUGUAUGUCAAAAAAUGCGUAAUAACUACCUCCUAAAACUCACCAAAUUUUAUUUUUAUAGCUCAACUGGUCUUAGAGCAAUAAAUAAAUUGGCAGUUUGAAAUAAAAAUGUCAACACCCCGUAUCUCGGAAAUUAAGCAUUUGCGGACAUAAUAUGUUUGUAGAGCAAACCGGCAUUAAUUUUUCAUGUAGAAUUAGCCCUUAAAAUUUUUCAUACUUAUUUACUAACACCCUGUAUAAACACAAAAUGACAACACUAGCGCAGUAAAUUAUGUGUAUAAGUAGAAUAGUUUAAUUAUAUGCAAAAAGAUUUAUCUGUAGCAGACAAAAAAAAAAAAAUAGUUACUAGUAAUACGGUGGUGUUAUACCUAUAUCUAUUCUGUGCAUUGUUGUAAUUACAUAUUGACCAAUCCUAAACCUUAGUUGCAGUUUUACUUUUCCAAAAUGCAAGCUUGCAUUUGCUGAUAUGUCGAAACAGGUUUUACAAGCAGCAAUUUCUGUUGAAUGUGCAAUAUAACAAAACACUUAUUUUCUUGUUAUUAAUCAUUUAGUUUACAUAUAACGUCCAAUAAAAAUAAUCCACGAGCACAAAACUUGGAUAAUAUUUUCUGUCCUUCAAUUUUGUUUGGGCAGAAACGUUAUAAGUACUAAAAUGCGGGAUAAGUGAACAUCUGCAUGUUUCAUGGCGUUUAAUAUUAAUGAAACGAAUUGCUAGUAGUCAAUUACCAAGAAACGGCUAAUGGAUUAAAUCCACGGUCAAAAACCGACAUCACACACAAUUAUCAAGACAGGUGUUAUUAAGAGAAACAUAAAUGUAUAUUAGCUAUACUUCGGUUCCGAACUUAUAAUAAGCUAUGAGGGAAACCAAUCGAGACUGAAUGAAAACAUAAAAUUCUGGUUCCAUGACAUAUAGUAAAGCAGGCCGCGCACCGAAUCGGCAUAGAGCGAUCGGCUCGGCUAAGAGCAAUCGGCAGAUUUUGCUAUACAUGGAAAUAAAUGAGCCACCGCGCACCGCUUACGAACGUUCGACUCGGAACGGUCAGAUCGCUUCGGCUUCGGCGGAGAAUGCUAGCAGAGGCAAAACCCGCCGAAUGAUCCGAUGCCGUUGGCGCCGUUGUGUAUGUUUUUAUUUUUAUUAGUAUUUUAUGCAUUGCAAGGAACAAGUGUAUAAUUUUUAAGAAACGCACUAUGGCUGACGAACUUCUGAUAGAAAGUGUGCGGGAAUAUGUAAUAUUAUAUGAUUCCCAAAAUAGAUAUUAUGACACCAAUAGAAAAGAAAACGCUUGGGGUGAGAUAGCGAAAAAACAGGACUCUCCGGUAAAUAAUAAAUAUUUAUUUCAGCACAUAUUUGUCCUAAUAUUAUUUUAAAUUUAAAAUAUAUUUCCUUAAUUUUAAUAUUAUGUUUAGGGAAAAUCCAUAAACUGCGUCGGCGUCGUAAAAAUUUUGUAGUUUUUUAUAAACUCCCUCCCUUCCGUCCUAAGUCUUUUUUUUAAUUUCAUGUAUUUCUGGAUUUUUAAUUUUAAAGUUAACUCUUAAACUUUAAUUACGAAGGUAUUCAAAUCAGUAUUAUUAUGUAACUCAUUAAUAUCCGCGUAAUUUUUUUCUUAAUUCACUGCACAACUAUGUAACUCUAUUUGCACAAAAGACAACACUUUUAUUAUCGGAAUUCCUAUGCUUUAUUAACUGCAUCAUAUAAAUCUUGAUACUUAUGUUGUUUUGAUUUCAACGCCAUUUCUUUCAUAAGAAUAACUACAAUGUACUAACUAAAUAGAAUAUUUUAUUUCUAUUCAUUCUUUUAAGAAUUGUUUCACACAGAAUAUUCAGUAAAUAAAUGGACAGCAGUUUAAUAUUUAUUGAUGCCAGGCGUUUUUCUUUAUAGAACCGUUUGUUUAAACUCAGGAACAACAUAUGGUAACAUUAUGACUAUGACCGAUAAAAAGGAAAUAUGAAACGCAAUGAAAAGUAUGCGAUAAAAGUAAUACAAAUUCUUUUUUAUUCUAAAAUAUGGUAUACUUAUAUUCGUGAACCUUUUUAAAUUAAAUUAAAUUUAAAUAUACCAAACAAUACCACAAAUAAUAAAAAUAUACGACGUACACCGUCGUAAUAGUCCCCUUCCCGCUUUUUCCAGUUUAUGGAUGUUCCCUUAGUACUAGAUAUAUAAUAUAUUUAUCUAUUAAUACUUCAAAAUUGAUUAAUUGAAAAUGAGCCAAUUUUAUUGUACUUAUACAGUGCGCUGGAAUAAGUGUUAUUUAUUUAUAAUAUGAACUUAUUUAUUUUUAGCACAUAAGCAAAACGCUCGGACAGGUCGAUUUUUAAAAUGAUCAUAGUAUAUUAUAGCAUCAAUGUUUCGAACUUUACUCUAUUCUUCUUCAGGUGACAGUCAUAACUUUGAUUUUUUUAAAUAGGAAAGUACAUCAUGUGACACCUCAUUUAAUAGCUUUUGAAAUACUGAUUACAAAAAUGUAUAAUUAUAUAUUUGAAAUUAAAAAUCAUACUAAAUUU